AGUGAGAAGCUUCUGCUUUGUGCAGAAUUAGAUCAUAUUGUCGAACAAAUGAAUGAAUUAUACAAAAAUCGUUUCGAUACUGAUCAUUUACAUGAUACAGUAAUUUCUGAACUCCAAAAAAUCGAAUCAAUUCUCAACUCCUUAAAUCAAUUUGUUAGAGAUAAAUUCAAUGAAUAUCCUGAACUGAUUAGUUAUAUUCAAGAAUUGGAAGAUAUCCUAACUGGAUUGAUAAAACUUUAUAAUGAGUCGAAUAAAAUUACAAAUGAAGAUUUGGAACAUGCUUAUAAACAGUCGUCUGAUUUCCUAGCUGAAUUUCAAUCAGACACUACAUGUUUCGAUACGGAAGAAGUAGUUGAAAAGAUACCAUUAAAAAUUCAUACCGAAAUCGACGUUGAUAACAAUGCUAACUGUAUUUCGAAUUUGAGCAGUAUUAAAACUACAACGCAACCGGAACUUCUUGGUAAGUAGUGGGUUUUCUCAAGAAUCUAAAAUUUUCGUUUCACUAUUGGUGAUUAAUUUAAGAUUAAUUUUAAUAAUCGAAUAUUGAAUGUUUUACACUUUGAAAAGUUAUGAAAGGGAGUAACCACGAAAUUUACAUAUUGUUUAUCAGUCAAAGAUGUAAAUAUAAUAGUUGCGUAAAUUUGUCCAUUGUGAAUUUCAUUCUAUAGAAAUAAUUCAUACAUCACACUUAUCAAUAGUCAGUCAUUUAAUCAUGAUAAACACCAUAGGACUUGACACAAAUGUCCAUCGAUCUAAGUUGCCACAUUGCCUAUUAACACAAUGGAAUAAAUAUGAUCCACAGCAAAUAAUUCAAAGUAACAGUAGUAUUAAU